GUCUUCCACUACCACUACUGCUACUUCUCUUUCUGCUUAAUCGAACAAGCUCAGGGGCCGGGGCACAAAGCGAAAGAGGAAAACACGCCAAAAAAAAAGAAAAAAGAAAAAGAAAAGAAAACUCUCUUGCUUCCUGAGAGAAGAAUAAAUUAAAUUCAGGGAAAGAACCCAUAGAUAGAUAGAAAGAGAGAUAGUUGAAGAGUUCACACGAUGCUGCUGCGUGAAUGGCGUUAGGGUUUCUCGUUGAUCCUCCCAAGCUCGAUUCCCUUUCUGCAAUUGUCUCCCUGUCUUGCUUCUUCAAACCCUAAUUUGACGCUAGGAUUCGGUAUAUUCGGAAAUUUUCUUCACUGUUGAGCUGAGUUUUUUUUUUGUUUUCUGAGUUGCUGCGAUGGGCGCGCCGGAGAAAUCGCAGGCGAAUUCCUCUAAUUCGAUGCAGCGCGUCAAGGUUUAUCGAAUGAAUGAUGAUGGAAAAUGGGAUGACCAAGGCACUGGACAUGUCACUAUUGAUUAUAUAGAGAGAUCAGAAGAGCUGGGUUUAUUUGUUUAUGAUGAAGAAGAUAAUGACAACUUACUAAUGCAUCGCAUCAGUUCUGAAGAUAUUUACAGGAAACAAGAAGAUACAAUCAUCUCUUGGAGAGAUCCAGAAUCUGGUACAGAACUAGCCCUUAGCUUUCAAGAGACUAGUGGAUGCUCUUAUAUUUGGGACAGUAUUUGCAAUGUGCAAAGGAAUAUGCAUUUUACUUUAAAUACUGAGGCAUUUCACAGUGUAAACAGUGAGUUAAGGGAGUUACCCGCGGUUGAGUUGUCAACACUUCCUUUGAUUCUUAAGACUCUGGUUGAGAGUGGCAUUGCAGACCAGUUGCGGCUUGCGGAGCUAAUAUUGAGUGAUCAAGAUUUUUUUCGAAAGCUGAUGGAACUAUUCAGAAGAUGUGAAGACUUGGAAAAUAUUGAUGGCCUUCACAUGAUUUUCAAGAUAGUCAAAGGGAUAAUAUUGCUUAACAGUACACAAAUUUUCGAGAGAAUAUUCAGUGAUGAAUUUAUAAUGGACAUUAUUGGUUCUCUUGAGUAUGAUCCAGAAGCUCCUCAUAUUCAGCAUCAUCGUAAAUUCUUAAAGGAGCAUGUUAUUUUUAAGGAGGCCGUACCAAUAAAGGAUCGUACUGUGUUGUCAAAGAUACAUCAGACAUAUAGAGUUGGUCUUUUGAAGGAUGUUGUUUUGGCUAGAGUAUUGGAUGAGGCUACUGUUGCAAAUCUGAACUCUAUGAUAUAUGCAAAUAUUCUUCUGGUUGUUUCUGUAUUGAAGGAUGACAGUACAUUUAUCCAGGAGUUAUUUGCUAGGUUAAAAUCCCCCACCACUUCUUCUGAAUCAAAGAAAAAUUUGGGAUCUGAUGAAUGAAGGCAUCUUUGAUAUUAUCACUGAUGUCCUGCAAUGUCAAGACAAGAAGUUUGUGCUUACUGGAACAGAUAUCCUCAUUCUAUUCUUGAAUCAGGAUCCUAAUCUUCUGCGUUCCUAUGUUGUGAGGCAAGAAGGAAUGACACUACUUGGACUGUUGGUUAGAGGAAUGAUAACAGAUUUUGGAGAUGAGAUGCACUGCCAGUUUCUUGAAAUCAUUCGGAGUUUGUUGGACUCGUGCACGUUGUCUGGAGCACAGAGGGACACUAUAAUUGACAUAUUCUUUGAGAAGCAUUUGGGUCAACUGAUUGAAGUGAUAACAGCAUCAUGUCCUCCAGAAAAUGUUGCCCGUGCAAGUAGCAAAUCUGUAGGUCCUGCUCAAAGAGUUCAGUUGCAGAGUGUGACGAAGCCAGAGAUACUAGCAAACAUAUGUGACUUAUUAUGCUUUUGCGUCUUGCACCAUCCAUACAGGAUAAAGUGCAACUUUCUUCCUAAUAAUGUGAUUGAUAAAAUUUUGUUACUGACACGGAGAAGAGAAAAAUACUUGGUUGUUGGUGCUGUCCGGUUUGUUCGUACUAUUCUCUCCCGCCAUGAUGAGCAUCUGAUUAUCCAUUUUGUUAGAAAUAAUCUUCUCAAACCAAUUGUAGAUGCCUUUGUUGCCAAUGGAAAUCGCUACAAUCUGCUUAACUCUGCAGUUCUUGAACUUUUUGAGUAUAUUCGCAAGGAGAAUCUAACAUUGUUGCUGAAAUAUAUAAUUGAAUCCUUCUGGGACCGGUUGAUGAAAUUUGAGUAUUUGGUAUCCAUUCGCUCGCUGAAAGUAAAGUAUGAGCAGUGUGUAGAUAAUGGUGGUACAAAAAGUACAUCUAAUGUGACUGACCUUCGAAGACGAACUGAUGAGCGUUGUUUGGAGAAAGAAGAGGAAGAGUACUUUAAUGAAGACAGUGAUGAAGAGGAUUCAUCUGCAUCCAUUUCGCGAAAUCAGAAAGCGCAGCAGCAAAAACCUGUUUUGUCCAAUGGAGUUGCUGCAGGCUACUCGCAGAGUCCAAGGUCUGGUGCACUGGUUGAUUAUGAUGAUGACGAGGAUGAUGAGGAUUACAGGCCGCCGCAAAGGAAGCAAGUGGAGACUUCUGAAGAGGAUGAAGGGACAAUGGAGUCUCUCAGGCUGAAAAGGAAAUUGCCUUCAAAGGAUAAGGAGCCUGAGUCAGUGAAGAAGCAGAAACUGUCUAAGAACUCAAAAUCAAAAGAUAGUGUUUUUGCUGCGUUGUGUUCAACAUUGAGCCAGGCUGUGCUACCUGUUAAGAGAACUGCAAUGAACAUUCAUACAGGCCCUUGGCCAAAUGAUGGGAGGGAGAGCCCAGGGGAAGGCAAUCAAGAAAAGGGGCCAAGUGUUUCUGGAACCUGUUCUGAGAUUAGCAAUACAACAAAUGAAGAGAACCAUUUAGAUAGAGAAACUGCUGCCUCAAGAAAUGUCUCUGAAAGGUUACCUGGCACCCUGGAGAAUGGCCAGUUGGGUACUGAGGAACAUCCAUUGGUUUCACCAAAAUCCUCACCAGAGAUGGCUGUCAACGGAUCUUAGGCUUUCAGAACCGUAUUGUGGAAGGCUUAUUGUUCAUGUUGUCUGACCUAUGGAUAUGCUGGUGGCUAAGUGGUUACUGAGCGUACGCCAAAGCUAUGAGCCAGAAGAAAAGAAAGGUUUUCUACAAGGGGGUAAGUUCUUAUUUUGCAUUCCGUUGACAACAUGCAGAGAUUCUGUACAGUGUCGCUGAGAUGUGGAAGACAUUAAUACUGCAACUUGGAUCUGCUCCUAUGCUUUGGUUGGCUAUUACAGGCUUUGAGCAUAGUAAUUGUUGCUUUUGUGUAACAUUCACCAGCGAUAAUUCUCGUUUUCUUUUCCGUCUCGCCUAAUUUUACCAACCACCUCAUUUUCAUGGUUCCUGCCAGAGGGUCUGGGGUGGGGGGUUGAUCUUGCUAUCAUUGUUUCGCCGUUUUCUAAGUUAUAUCAACUUGAUAGAGGGCACUAAUAUUCGCCCAACACAGGUUUUUACUUUUCUGUUUUCUUGUUCUUCCCCCCUUUUUUUGUGGUGGAUGUGAUAAUAGAGAAUGUGCAGUUGAGUUUAGGACCAAUAUUUCAGAAAUGUAGUAAUGAGAAAAACAUAGUCCGUUGUAAAUCUGUAUUAAGCUGUUAACGCAUGCAUUGGACUUGCAAUGCAGUUGUCAACUUCAACUGUAAUUACGAUGAUUAGCUUUGCCCUAAGAUCUGUACCCCAUCCAAAACGCAAAAAGAAAAGUUUUGCUUUGAAA